CUCCGCCCCCUCCCCGCCGGCUCUCUCAGCUCCGGGCGCUCGGAGCCCGGGCCCGGGGACUCGGAAUCCCGCCGCCGCGGCCGCAGCAUGGGGCGCUUCCGCGGGGGCCUGCGGUGCAUCAAGUACCUGCUGCUCGGCUUCAACCUGCUCUUCUGGCUGGCUGGGUCGGCUGUCAUUGCUUUUGGACUAUGGUUUCGGUUUGGAGGCACCAUGAAGGAUUUCUCUUCAGAGGACAAGUCCCCAGAGUAUUUCUACAUGGGGCUCUAUGUGCUGGUUGGAGCAGGCGCCCUGAUGAUGGCCGUGGGCUUUUUCGGGUGCUGCGGAGCCAUGCGGGAGUCGCAGUGUGUUCUUGGAUCUUUUUUCACCUGCCUGCUGGUGAUAUUUGCUGCUGAAGUAACCACUGGAGUAUUUGCUUUUAUAGGCAAGGAAGUAGCUGUUCGACAUGUUCAGACCAUGUAUGAAGAGGCUUAUAACGAUUACCUUAGAGCCAGGGAAAAGGGAAAUGGGACUCUCAUUUCCUUCCACUCAACAUUUCAGUGCUGUGGAAAAGAAAGUUCUGAACAGGUCCAACUCACUUGCCCAAAGGAGCUCCUAGGACACAAGAACUGCAUUGAAGAAAUUGAGACCAUAAUCAGUGUUAAGCUCCAGCUCAUCGGAAUUGUUGGUAUUGGAAUUGCAGGUCUUACGAUCUUUGGCAUGAUAUUCAGCAUGGUCCUUUGCUGUGCGAUACGAAAUUCACGAGAUGUGAUAUGAAGCUACUUCUACGUGAAAAUUGCAACCUAGAGCAUACAAAUGUCACAGGAGCUGUCUCCUGGCUCACUUUUAAUAUUCAAAGGACAUUAGGAUCUAAAAUAAUUUGCUGUUAAUUGUACAUUUGCACAUGUAUGAAUGUUUGGCUUGUUACUGGUUUACCCCCUUGAGUGAAUGCCUAUGUAUGUUGACUGAGCGCAUAUUCAUGUGUGAUCUGCGUGUUUCUGGUAUAUGCAUUGUACAUAAUGAAAUCUGUUUGCAAGGAAUUCCUGAUUCUUGUUAUGUGAGAGAAACAACCUAUUUAACUCAGAAAAACAUAAAAAGAAUUUUGAUAAACUUAAAAAACUUGGUUACUUAGAAAAAAUGAUAAUGGACUCUAGCCAUAGGAAGUUCGAUAUGGAGAAUUCAGGGAUUUCUAGUUAACAGAAGCAAUAAGCUACAGGAAUUGAGAGAUCAUGGUGCAAUGUUAAAAGUGACUGUGUUUGGGUUAGGUGUAAGGGUUUCCUGGCAUUUUUUUAUAUAUGUACUCUCCCCAGAACAGUAAACCACAUUUAGAACUAAACACAUCUAUAAAACUAAAUAUAGCAUGGAAAAUCUAAUUUGAAUAAGUCAUACUUUCCUAGUAUUUAAAAACAAAAAACCUCGCUCUGGAAAGAGUGUCACACAGACAAUCAUGUGCCCUAUAAAACUGAGUGUUUUUAAGACUAAAAAAAAAACUUUUAAGAAAUUUUUAAGGAAAUAUUUUUGUUCAUAUAUAAAGACAUUUAAAUAUCUCUAUUGCUUUCUUUUUCUGACUCUGCUCUGAACUACUGCAACCCUCACAUCCACAAAAGGGCUUUUAUAUCAAAACUUCUCUGUAUUUCUCCAGAUGUAAGCAUAAAAGACUAAAAGCAAGAAAUCUGGCAGUUGCAAAUUGUGGGAUAGAGAAUUUUUACUGGCAUUGUAUCUUUGAAAUACCUCAUAACUUGAGUUUACAUAUUUUCCUAAGUUGGGGGGGCAGUUCUUAUUUAUUCACCUAGAGAAUUCUUUUUUACAGAUUAAGAACUACAGUUUUUGCCACUUAAUAUAUUAAUUUUAUCAUGAGCAUCCUUGGCCAAACUAAAAUAAAGAAAAACAUUCUCUCCUAGUUUUGUGCACACAACAGAGACAAGCUAAGGAAACAAAAAUACACGUACACACACAACAGAAAUAUGUUCUUUUUUGUGCAAGUUUCCUAUAAAAAUAAAAUGUUCAUGUUCUUUAUGGUCUUGAUGCUUCAUUUUAGGUAAUGUAAUUCCAAAUUUACAAUCUAAAUUGACACAUCUGUCCAUUUUUAACAACUUGGUUCAUUUAGUAAAUCAUGGAGCUUUUUUAAAAUUACGUUUUAAACGGCCACACAAAAGUGAAAGUAUGGGAGACUUUGGAAACCCUCAAGUAGGUUUGUACUCAUGUGAGAACACAAGUCUUGGGGUUUGAACUAAUGGAAAGUGUGCACUCCCAAGGAAGUUUUACAAAAUAUUUUGCUGAGAAGACUGAACUGUUUGAAAUAAUCUUACUCCCACAGAGAACCACAUUUCUCCUGCCGCACUCGCUAAUACUACUACUAACUCUGGAUAAAGCUUUCCU